AUGAACCCUGCUCAGAGCAGCAUGGGUCUCUUCAGCCCUGAAUGGCAGAAGCUUCUCAUGCAGCUAGCGUUGCAGGGAGGCUUUGGUAGCCAAAUACAGGCAUUACAAGCUUUCCAAUCGCCGGCAACUCCGACACCUGUGCCGACGCCAUCCAGCUUAUUUCCAUCUAUCCCUACUAGUCUUCCGACAGUUAAUCCUUCAUCACCAACAACAUCAAAUCUUUCAACAGAUCAGAUUAUAAAAACUUGUGAAAGAUUAGAGGAAGCUGGAGAAAUAGAUCAGUUGGCUCGGUUCUUAUGGAGUUUACCGCCAGCUCAGGCACAAGAAGUGGCAACAAACGAAAUUGUCCUUCGAUGCCGAGCCCUUGUAUGUUUCCACAUGGGAAAUUUUCGGGAACUCUACAGCAUCCUAGAAAAUCAUAAAUUCAGUAUCUCCAAUCAUCAAAAGCUUCAAGCUAUGUGGAUGGAAGCACACUACCAAGAGGCUGAGAAGCUUCGAGGACGACCUCUCGGCCCUGUCGAUAAAUACAGAGUUCGUAAGAAGUAUCCCAUGCCAAGAACUAUCUGGGAUGGCGAACAAAAGACUCAUUGCUUUAAGGAACGAACACGCACCCUGCUGAGAGAAUGGUACCUCAAGGAUCCCUAUCCAAAUCCAAGUAAAAAGAAGGAACUAGCUACCGCUACAGGACUAACUGCCAUGCAAGUCGGCAAUUGGUUCAAGAAUCGACGACAAAGAGACAGAGCAGCUGCUGCCAAGAAUAAACAAAAUGUCAUUGGAGUAGAAUUAAGUAGACGACCUGAUGGUUCCGAUGACUCAGACGACGAUCUCAAUGAAUUUGAAGAUAGUAUGACAGACUCACCUUCUCCAGAACAAACUAAUGAUUUAUCUAAACGAGGAGUCAAUAAUGCUGCCAAUAAUCUAUUGGCUUCCAAUUUUGGAGGAAUCAAUCCUUUCUUCAUGUUCAAUCCAGCCUUGCUGAUGCAACAACUAUCACAAUUCCCUCUGCAAGCACCCCCUGCACCUCGUAAAGGAAUUUUAUCAAUCGAUGAGAUUCUUAACUUAAAACCAAAAAUUUCGGAGGAAACACCUCAUCUCUCACCAUCCAAUUCCUCACAUCACGAAGCUUCCACAUCGCCCACCCGGGAAGAUAGUUCAAGCGGACGUGAGUUGUGUAGUGAACCAUCCUCCCCUCAAAAACUUCUUGAUGAGUUAACGAAACGAGAAGAAGAACCAGCUAGUCCUCCAUCUAAUACGGCACUCACAGAAUCAGCUUAA